GGCCCGGCCCGGCCGCCCCCCGGGACAGCCCCCGAGCCCCGGGCGGCCUCACCUCGUAACGCGGCCCGCACCAGGCCCCGCGCCGCCACCGCCAACAUCCCGCCGGGACACGGAGGGGCAAGGGCACGGGGCGGAAGCGGAAAGCACCUCCGCCACCGCGCUGCCCCCGGGGGCGGAAGCGAGCAAAUAGCUUCCCGGGACGGCGCCGGGUCGGUGGCGGGAGCGGCGAGUGCCCGGCAGCGCCUGGCACAGGGUGAGGAGCAGGAGCAGCCGCUGGGGCACCCCGGGGCGGCGGCAUGAAGGGAGGCGCCGCAGAUUGCUGGAGGUCUGAUCUGUGCAGCACCAUGGACUCGUCAGAAGAGACUGGAGGCUCCUCUGCAGAAGAAAACUACUUUGUGAACUACACCUUCACUGACGCUCCCACCUCAGGCCGUGUGGCCCAGGGUAUUAUGAAAUUAUGCUUGGAGGAUGAGCUCUUUGCCGAUGUUACAAUAUCAGUGGAAGGCAGAUUCCAGCUGCACCGCUGUCUCUCAGCUCAGAGUUGCUUUUUUCGUUCUAUGUUCACUUCCAACCUAAAGGAGGCCCACAACCGGGUGAUUGAGCUGCAGGACGUUAGCGAAAGUGUCUUUCAGCUUCUUGUGGACUACAUUUACCAUGGAACUGUAAAGCUGAGGGCAGAGGAGUUGCAGACCUAUGAAGUGGCAGACAUGUACCAGCUGACUGCCCUUUUUGAAGAGUGCUCCCGUUUUCUGGCCCGUACGUGCAGGUUAGAAAACUGUCUGCAGGUCAUGUGGUUGGCAGACCAACACAGUGACAUGGAGCUCUACACAGCUGCAAAACACUGUGCAAAGUCACAUUUGUCUCAGCUGCAAGACACAGAGGAGUUCCUACACCUGCCUGUCCGCCUACUGACAGACAUCCUUACAGAUGGCGUUCCAUGUUCUCAGAAUCCAACGGUUGCCAUAGAAACCUGGAUCAACUUCAACAAGGAGGAGAGAGCUGGCUUUUCAGAGACUCUGCGAUCAAGUCUGAAGGUAUAAAAAGACCUUCUAAAUGUUCACAUCUACCUGAUUGGAAAGGAGUCUUCACGUACACAUUCGCUCGCUGUCUCUCUACAUUGUGCUGACGAUGACUCCAUUAGUGUGAGUGGCCAGAACAGCUUGUGUCACCAGAUCACCGCAGCCUGCAAGCACGGUAGUGACCUAUAUGUUGUUGGUGGCUCCAUUCCACGACGCAUGUGGAAAUGCAACAAUGCGACUAUAGACUGGGAAUGGUGUGCCCCUCUGCCCCGUGACCGGCUCCAACACACCCUCGUCUCUGUGCCAAGCAAGGAUGCAAUAUAUUCACUGGGGGGGAAAACUCUACAGGACACUCUCUCUAAUGCUGUCAUAUAUUACAGAGUACGAGACAACGUCUGGACAGAGACCAGCCAGUUGGAAGUGGCAGUCUCUGGAGCUGCAGGUGUAAACCUCAAUGGUGUCAUUUACCUGCUGGGUGGGGAGGAAAAUGACUUGGACUUCUUCACCAAGCCCUCUCGGCUAAUUCAGUGCUACGAUACCAACACAGAGAAAUGCCACGUGAAGCCAUACGUGCUGCCUUUUGCGGGGCGCAUGCACGCUGCUGUGCACAAGGACGUGGUGUUCAUUGUCGCUGAGGGGGAUUCACUGCUAUGCUAUAAUCCCCUACUGGAUAGCUUCACCCGGCUAUGCCUCCCCGAUGCCUGGAGUUCAGUACCAUCCCUCUGGAAAAUUGCCAGCUGCAAUGGCAGCAUCUAUGUCUUUCGUGACCGCUAUAAAAAGGGUGAUGCAAAUACUUUUAAACUUAACCCAGCCACCUCUGUUGUAACAGUCACGAGUGGCAUCAAAGUGCUGCUCACUAACCUGCAGUUUGUCCUGGCCUAAGCAGGAAAAACAGGCCAGUGAUAGAAAGGGCAGCAACAGUGUCCUGCUGUGCAGCUUGGAGACACCUACCACCCUCAGCACCAGUCCCAAUUACCACAAGCUCACAACAUCCAGUAAAGACCCCAUUCUCUGUACCUGUGCAGAGGAAGUACAGGCUUUCUGAUUGUGGGCCUAUUCUUUUACAUAGCACUAUUGAACUUUAUUGAACUCUUGUACUUUAGAUUUCAGAUGAACUAAAUGCCAUUCCUUUGAUUCCUUGAUGAUAAGCUGCUUGUGUUUGAGGCACAAACUGCAGCAAAUGGCUAUUUUAGCCUGGAACCAAUCUACAAAUAACAAAUCCUGUGGCAUACGGACAACAUCUUCCUUGGCCCAGGCUGCUAGUUUUAACUGCCUAGGAGCCCACGUGUUGCUGCCAUGUCAGUCACAGAGCUAGAUGUGCACUGUAGCCCCAGGGAUAUCCCCAUUUAAACAUUCCUAUGUCCUAUUGCAGAAGGAGGGCAUGGCAGACAGAUUCCAGAGCUGACCCUAGGACCUUAAGUAGGUUGCAUUCAGCACUUCUCCUAGAGGAGUGGUAACUAACUGGGUACUUGCUUACUGCUCUGUCAUCACCUAGCAUAAAGAAGGAGAUAAUUUUUAGACACUGGCUUCCUUUACUGUACAGGGAAUCCCCACCUGUAAUUAUAACAUAGUGUUGGUGAAAGACAGAAUUAAGACCACUUCCUAUUACCCAUCUCUCUUGGCACUGUAACCCUUUGGGUAAGAAUCUGAAUAAAGUCUCUGUUGAGACAAAGGUAUUUUUUUUUCCUUUGCUUCAAAUACAAAUAUUUUCAACUUCCUGUGGAAUUCCAGUUCAGCUGAGCACUGAUAUCUGGAAAAGAACUAUGAGGCUCCAAGAGAACUAAGGUAUUAACUACAAGAAAAGAAAGCUUUAAUGAAACAGCCCAAUUUCCCCUUUACUGUAGUUUAUGUAAAAACUUCUUUAUUGUUGGUCAAGAAGAACAACACUUAAGCCUUGAUUAGAUCAUAAAAACAUUUUUUUAAAGCAGCUGAGAUGGGGAUUUUGGUAGUUCUUACUGACAUUAUGCAGCUGUCCCAGUGAUCAUGUUCCUGUGAAAUUUCUCCAGGACCUGGACUUGCUUGUGUCGAAUGAGAAUGUGGGGACGAAUCUUGGCAAUGGCCUGAAUUGCUUCCUGAGGGCUCCAGUGAUGCAGCUGAAAAGGCAGAAACCCAGCAAGUGAAAAUCCAUUCCAUCCCUGCACCAUUUAAUGGAACCUUCUCAGAGGCUAUAGGCAACAUUAGAGGUGUUAGAAAACUUA